CUUCCCUUAACAUUUCACUAGCAAGCUGGGCUGGGACGGUCUGCUACCAACAAAGUGAAAGGGAAAUAUAUGUAAUCCAGCUUCUGAAGUCGUACAAUCUGUUGUGAGGAAAACCCAGCAUAAAAUGGGAAAAGGAAAGAGCAAUGAUCUCAGAGAUGUGAAAAGAAAAGGAAAGGCCAAGAUGCAACUCAAAAGAAAUAUAGGUUAUUUUGAUGGGGUAAGUUUUAUUAUAGGAUCAAUUGUCGGUGCAGGAAUCUUUGUGUCUCCUACGGGUGUGUUAAAGCAUUCCUUACUCAAUGUCGGCGUUGCACUAACUAUUUGGACAGCAUCUGGGCUGGUUUCUCUGAUGGGUUCCCUCUGCUAUGCAGAGCUGGGAACUGCUCUGCCCUUCUCUGGAGGAGAAUACAGUCAUAUUAAAAGAGGCCUUGGAUCCCUACCAGCAUUCGUAUUUAUCUGGACAUCAACGUUUACCAAGCCGGCAUCAAAUGCUGCUCGAGCCCUGCUGUUUGCUGAAUAUGCCACCCAGCCCUUCUACGGCAUGUGCCCGGCACCAGAAACACUGAAGAAAUGCUUAGCCUUGGCUGUUCUCUGGUCUCUGGGGAUUUUGAAUGGCUGCAGCGUCAAAAUGGCUGCAUGGGUGCAGACAAUAUUCACUCUGCUGAAGAUGACAGCCUUAUCUGUAAUCGCUGUUGGUGGUAUAGUUCUCCUUGUUGGGAGAAAGGAGACUCUGGCCAGGUUUGAGGAUGCAUUCAGCUCAGAGACUCCCGAUGCAUCACAGGUUGCUGAAGCCUUCUUCCAAGGACUGUAUGCAUACGGUGGCUGGUGGUCCCUGAAUUAUAUGGCAGAGAUGAAAAAUCCUAGCAGAAAUAUCCCCUUAACUGUGAUGACUGCUGUUCCAGCAGUAAUUGUUUUUUACUUACUGGUGAACAUCUCAUAUCUGACUGUCCUCACACCUAAAGAAAUUGUCUCUUCAGUUGCUGUGGCAGUCACGUGGGCUGAUCGAGUGAUCCCUUCUGUUGCCUGGAUCAUUCCUGUCUCCGUUGCUGUCUCAAUAUUUGGUGCCCUAAACAGCAGCAUGUUCACACUAGGUCGAUUAAGCUAUGCUGGAAGUCAGUCAGGUCAUUUACCUGUUUUAAUAUCCAUGCUUAAUGUACACUCCUGUACUCCAGCACCAGCCAUGAUUUUUUCAACCAUUAUUGCAUCCAUUUUUAUAAUCCCCUCUGACCUUAUUACGUUAACAAAUUACUUUGGAUUUUCUGCCUGGCUUAUGAUUGGAUUGACCUGUGCAAGCCUGAUUGUACUUCGAUACCGGGAACCUCAUCUACAUCGACCAUACAAAGUGUUUCUACCAGUUGCGUUUGUGAUGGUGGCAAUGUCUUUCUUCCUAGUUUUAGCUCCCAUAGUCUGGUCGCCAAACCUGCAAUAUGUUUAUGCUUUCCUGUUCAUGUUGGGAAGUCUUAUUGUUUAUAUCCCUUUUGUACAUUUUAAAUUGCAUUUUGCAUUUCUUGAUAAAAUUACUUGCCACUUACAGCUCCUGUUGGAAGUUUGUCCUGCUGAUGAGUCUGCUGAGAGCAAGUGUGGAUAAUGACAAAUGUUUAAUACCAGUACAACCAACAGCCAACAGAGGAUUUUGUUCAACUGAGAUUGUAGAAGUUAGAUGUGAUAUAUAGGUGUGCAUGUGUAUGUAUGUAUAUACAUAUAUAGAUUAAUAUAUUACAUACAUAUAUACAUAUAUACAUUUAUAUACAUAUAAUUAUAUACACAUGCACACAUAUAUACAUGCACAUGUAUGUAUAAACACAUAUAUGCAUAUAUAUACAUUAUCAUAAUAAGUUUGUAUAUAUUUUUGUGUGUCUGUGUGUAUACAUGUGUAUACAUAGAUGGAUAGGUAUACUUAUUUGACAGGUGCAAAGAAUCUCUCUUAAACUGGUAAAAGCUAUAAAAUGUUCUCUCUCGAUCCUAAAGACAUAGUUUAUAUGAUAAAUGAGUAAAUGCAUACUUAACUGCAUCAUUAUAUGAAUAUACUUCUGAUUUCCAAACUAAAUUGUUUGGUUUCUUUUCAGUACGUGUUUAUUAGAACUUCUGGUUUUAAAGGCUUUAUGCUUCUGUUCAUCUGCUAUCUUUUUUUGCCUGAAUUUAUUUUUAAUAAAAACCUUGGAAGAAUGUCACAAGAUUGACUGAGGCCUUUUUAAUCCCUGUACAUAGUGCAUCUUAGCUUUCCAAGAACAAGAUGAAAUGUUAUGAAGCAUCAAAUAAGGCAAUAAGAAUUAUUUAUCCUCUUUGUCACAGCAAUAUAACUAAAGAUAUGUGGAUU